UCAGACGUAAACAUCUCCUUCUCUCCUUAAUAAAUGACAGUCAAACCUCUCUCUCUCUCUCUCUCUCUCUCUCUCUAACCCAUACGUAUCUUUAAUCUCCAUUCCUUUGGUUCUAACGGACCGCUACACUUUCUCUCCUCCUCCAAAUCCGUUCUAUUCUACGCAACCUCAUUUCAGUACUUACACUUCUCUUCUGUCUUUAUUUAUACAUAUACUUUUUUUAAUUUUUAACCUCUUUCUGCAUAAAAUAUCUCUCUUUUUUCAUUUCUCUGACCUCUAUUCAAGAAAACCAACAAUGGCGACUAAGCUUGUUUGCUUUUCCUUUGCAGCUUAUGCCAAAACCCUUAUUGACCAUUUAAAAUCUCUUAAUAUUCCUAUUCUUCCUGGCCUAACUGACUCAGAAUUCAAAUCCAUAGAAUCUACUUACCGUUUCUCUUUCCCUCCUGACCUUCGUUCCAUUCUUCAAGAAGGUCUUCCUAUUGGGCCCCAUUUUCCAAACUGGCGUUCUUCCUCUCCACAGCAAAUCCAAAUUCUUUUAAAUCUUCCUAUCUUGAACCUUUCCAAGAAUAUUAGUCAAAACAAUUUCUGGGUUGAUUCUUGGGGUGAUAAACCAGAAGAUAGUAAUAAAGCAUUAGAUAUGGCAAAAAGGUUAUUCUUUGAUAAAGCACCUGUUCUUGUUCCUAUUUAUGGCAACUGUUAUAUUCCUUCUACGCCUAAUGACGCCGGAAACCCUGUUUUUUGCGUCGAUAAUGGAGGCGUACGUGUUUUGAGCUUUGAUCUUGCUAGGUUCUUUCAAGAAGUUGAAUUCUUGCAAAUUGGUGUUCAUUCUAUCAAACCAGUAAAUUUUCCAAGAAUUGAAAAGGUAGCCAUCAAUGUGCCGGUCUGGGCGGCCACAACUGCACGAAAGAUUGAUUUUUGGACAGAUGUGGCCGAAAAUGGGAGGAAGGUGGUGGCGCGUGAGGACACACAUGGGUGGUGGACUGGUGGGAAUUUGGAUUGUAGCUGGGAGAUGGGUGAUUGUUUAGAGGAGGUGUUUUGGAGGCUGAGAGAUGGAGGGUGGAAAGAGGAGGAGGUUAGAGAGAUGAUGAUGAUGGACGGUUGUGAUGAGGGGAUGAAGAAAGGUUGUGGGCCUAAGCUUGGGAAAGAAGAUGUGGUAUGGCACGUGAGAUUGAUGUCACUUGUGUUAUUGCGUGCGGGAUGGAGUAGGGAAGAUGUUGUGUACUCGCUUGAGCUUCAAGAUAAUGAGGAUACUAAUUCUAUUGGGAAAUGCUUUUUAGAUUUUCAACUUCCAAACAGUAGUUGUUCAAGACAGGAUGAUGAUCAUCAACAGAGCAGUAUCAAGCAGUUGAUGAACAUGCGAUCACUUGAAGUGUAAUGUGAUCCUCUCCGGCCCCACAUUACUGUGGUCCCACAAGUUUUGCCUUUUCUUUUUUUUCUCUUAUUACAGUAUAAUAUAAUAUACUAAUAUUUUUAUUUUUCUUUUCUAUGAUGAUUCAUUUUUCAUCCCAUGUUUAUUCAUUUCGUUAAACAUUGUAAAUACUAUAUUUUCUUUCUUUUGGCUUGUGAUUAAUUAUAUAUGAAAAAGAGUAUGGGAAUGGGAUGUGUUUAAUAGUAUAAAUAUACUGAUAUUUCCCGAAUGUAA